AUCUUCAACUAAUAGGAAAUGGUGCAUUUGGAGAAGUUUUGCAUGCUUAUUGGAAAAAUCAGGGCUGUUAUGUUGCUUUGAAAUCUUUUAAUACUAAUAAAACGACACUGAAGAAUAUUGCAAAAGAGAUAAAAUUACAUAAAGAAGUUGAUUUUCAUUCAAAUAUUAUACGAAUUUUUGGAAUAACAAGCGAAGAAACCG